AUGCCUCCCGAACGCCUGUCUAGCCUGGUCCACAGGAUCGUAUCGCCACUGCACUCCCGCAGCAAUUCCACCCACUCCCAGGAGAAGCUCGCCCAUUCUUCCCAAGACAAGAUCAACAACCAUGAGAAGCCGGCUUCGCCAUCUCCGGCGUCGCCAGCCUCGCCCCUAGCCUCCCCCGUAGAUCGGGAGAGCCCCCUCAGGAACAGCCAGCAGUUCGGCCCCCCCUCCCGGAGCAGCAGCUCGACCGGCGGCGGCACCCCGGCCAGCGGCACCGUCAGCCCGCCCAACGGCGUCAAGAAGGUCGAGCACAUCCGCAGCGCCCGCGCCAGCACCGACAGCGGCUUCGCCUCGGGCGGCAACGGCAUGCGCUACGACAAGACCAAGCGCCGCCUCUACGAGGAGGAGAAGAUCGAGCAGCGCCGCCGCUCCGAGGAGGAGCAGCUGCGCGCCGGGCUCGACGAGGAGACGCGCGCCCGCUACGGCGACCUCGAGAAGCCCCAGGAGCUGACCACCAUCCAGGACAUCUCGUCCCUGCCCGCCGGCGCCCACGUCGCCUUCCGCGCCCGCAUCUUCACCCAGCGCCGCGUCUCCAAGAGCCUCGACUUCUUGCUGUUCCGCGAGCAGACCUUCUCCAUCCAGGGCGUGCUGGCCAACGCCCCGCCGCAGAUGAUCAAGUGGACGCAGCGCCUGCACCCGGAGUCCAUCGUGCAGGUCACGGGCACCCUCAAGGAGCCCAAGACGCCCGUCACCUCGGCAACCUGCCAGGACCGCGAGGUCGACAUCUUCUCCAUCCACCUCGUCAACUCGGCCCGCAACCUGGCCUUCAACAACUACAUGCCCCCCGAGGCCCUGCACCAGCGCAUGCAGGCCCGCGUCGUCGACCUGCGCCACCCCUCCAACCAGGCCCUCUUCCGCAUCCGCGCCGCCGUCGCCCGCACCUUCCGCGCCGAGCUCGACGCCAAGGGCUUCAUGGAGAUCCAGACGCCCAAGCUGCAGCCCGCCGCGACCGAGAGCGGCGCUGAGGUCUUCAAGGUCAACUACUUUGGCCGCCGCGCCUUCCUCGCCCAGAGCCCCCAGCUGGCCAAGCAGAUGGCCAUCUCGGCCGACUUUGGCCGCGUCUACGAGGUCGGCCCCGUCUUCCGCGCCGAAAACUCCAACACCCACCGCCACCUGACCGAGUACACCGGCCUGGACCUGGAGAUGAGCCUGCAAAAGUCCUACACGGAGCUCAUCCAGGUCGUCGACAGCACCAUCAAGGCCAUCCUCGAGACCAUCACCUCCAUGCCCGAGGUCCAGAUCGUGCGCCAGCGCUGGCCCAGCACCGACCUCGUCUGGCUCGACGAGACCCCCGUCAUCCCCUUCCGCGAGGGCGUGCAGAUGCUGCGCGACGACGGCCGCGACGUCGAGGAGGAGGACCUGUCGACGCGCGACGAGAUCCGCCUCGGCGAGCUCGUCAAGGCCAAGUACAAGACCGACUACUACAUCCUCGACAAGUUCCCCGCCAACGCCCGGCCCUUCUACACCCACAAGGCCGCCGACCCCAAGUGGACCAACUCGUUCGACGUCUUCCUGCGCGGCCAGGAGAUCGGCACCGGCGGCCAGCGCAUCCACGUCCUCGAGACCCUGCGCAAGAGCAUGAUGGAGGCCGGCAUCGCCGAGGACGGCAUGGAGGACUACAUCUCGGCCUUCCAGGCCGGCGCCCCGCCCCACGGCGGCGUCGGCCUCGGCCUCGAGCGCAUCCUGACCUUCGGGCUCGAGCUCGGCGACAUCCGCUUCGCCUCGCCCUUCCACCGCGACACCAAGUCGCUGCCCGAGCGCCCGCCCUCCCUGCCCCACCCGGACGCCGACACCCUCAAGCCGCGGGACCCGGACGCCGAGCUGCCGCCGGUGGAGAAGCUCAUCGCCAACUACGGCGACGCGACCAACACGUCCUGGCUCGACGAGCGCUUCGAGAUCUGGCGCCACCAGCCCACGGGCGCCGCCAUCGGCUUCGCCCGCCAGGACAGCAAGUUCGUCAUGAUCACGGGCGACCCGCUCUGCGACCAGCGGCAGUACGCGCCCAUCAUCGACGAGUUCCUGCACUAUGUCCACGACGAGCUGAGGCUCAAGCCCGUGUGGAUGAUCGUCUCGGAGGAGGUGCAGGAGGUGCUGGCGCGCAAGCACGGCUGGCGCACGCUGACCUGCAUCGAGGAGCAGCGGCUCAACACGGAGAACGAGAACAUCCCGCCGCCGCACCGGGACCGCGCGGCCCGCCGCGUCGAGCGCGAGGGCAUCUCCAUCCACGAGGUGCGGCCCGACGAGCAGUUCGUCCCGCGGGCCGACCGCGCCAUCGCGAGCUGGAAGGCCCACCGCAAGGGCAAGCAGGUGCACCUGACCGAGGUGCGGCCCUGGGUCGACCCGGAGCACCGGCGCUACUUCGCCGCCGAGCGCGACAAGGAGGUCCUGGGGCUCGUCGUGCUCGCGCGCCUGGCGCCCCGCCACGGCUGGCAGGUCAAGUGGGCGCUCAACUUCCCCGCCGCGCCCAACGGCACGAUCGAGCAGCUCAUCGAGCACGCGCUGUCUGCCGUGCCCGGGCCCAUCACCUUCGGCGCGGGCGUGUCGGAGAACCUGACGCCCAAGGCGCACAUCGACGGCGUGCGGGCGCGGGCGCUGGCGCGCACGUACAAGACCAUCGUGCACAGCCUGCGCAUCAACCGCAAGGCGCAGUUCCGGGAGAAGUUUGGCGUCGUCGGCGAGGCCAUGUACAUCUGCUACCCGCGCCACGGCCUGGGUCUCGCGGACCUGCGGCAGAUUGUCAAGUUCUUUGAGGACUGA